AAAUCAACGAGUACGCCAUACAAAUAGGAAUAAACCCAAAAUCAGAACCACAUCUCUUAUAUAUUGCCCGAGAAGGUUUAAUAUCCCGAGUUCCAGCUGAGUGGCAAAUUUGUUACAAUGACGAAUUUGAUGGCUACUAUUAUUUUAAUACAAAAACAAAAGUAAGACAAUGGCAACAUCCUUUAGAUGCUGAAUAUAAAAAAAAAGUUGAAAAGGCUCGGAAAUCCGUUGCAACUGGGGUCAACGACUUAUCUGACGACGUAUCGCAAAUUGAUUCAGGAAUUAGAGAUGAUUCAGACCUACUAACAGACAUUUCACCAGUUUCUACUAGUACUGGUGCAAUACGAAAAGACAUGUCUCUCCAAAAUACCGGACGAUUUUUAGUGCCAUUAGAAAAGCGAAUAACAUCUAAUAGUGGACUGUUACCAUUGGCUCCAAUUGAGAGCGCACGAAAUAAAAGAUUCGAAAUCACUAAUUUUCUAACAAACAAUUCACUACCCUCAUCUCAAAUUGGAUUGUCCAUGAACCGACUUGAACCAUUGGCAAAGAAUCUAGAAAAUGCAUCAUCGACAGCCACAUUCAGAGGUGGAUUUACAUUAUCCGGGAAGGGUUCUAUGUUUUUAAAAUCCAACACUAAAAAAAACGAAACACCCGAAAAUGCUAACUGCAGUGUAGAUUUGAAAAAUUCACAUUAUUCAAAUACCGAUGGAAAAAAUGUGAAAUCAAUACUUCGAGAUUCAAGUUUGACGGAUGUUCGAAGCAGAGCAGAGAGCAAACUGUUAGAUGCAGAAGAAGAUAGAAAAAGUACAAAAUAACAAGCAAAGUAAGCAGAGAAACUCUCCACUAACAUAGGAUUCAUAUGCGAAUGGCGUGUGAGUGGAGUGCACCCAGUACAAAUCCGUCGAACAAGUCGACGACAGCGAUUUGACAGGUGGACCACGCGAGAAACUUAUCAAUCCCUAUUAACAAAACUACACUUGACAGUUAUUGUAUUGAAUUUUGUACGGGAUUUAUUUAUUAUAUAAAUAUAAAAAAAAAUAAAGAGUCUUACGGAAGUAAGACGAACUU